AAUAAUUCUUGGCUCCUCUUUCGCAUAGCAAGGAAGGAAACACAAUUAACUCUUUGAUGACCAGACGGGAUGACCCAGACAGCAAACCAUUCACACCCCUUCGGUAACUAUGACAACCCUCUUCGUUCUCAGCCAAUCGUUGCUUCGCUUUUCCGUCUCGCGUACACGUUUCACGCCAUCUUGAAAAACCCCUCCAGUUUGUCAAGUCGCUCCCAAAUUAAAAAAAAAAAAAAGAGGAAAACAUCGCAGCAACUCUUUCUCAUUGUGUCCGCGGUGUUCGGUAUGAACAACCCUCGAAACAAAUUGGCACAGACUGGUGUUACCAAGGUCCAAACGGAGGCGGAAGCCGGCUUAGAGACGAGCCACAGGGAGCGAAAGAGUGCCGGAGGAAUGCUGAAGAAGCUGAAGUCGAGGCGCAACCAGACGGAGAAGUGGCCUGUGGUCACAGAGGAUGAGCUCCGGGCUCUCGGAACAGAUAUCUCCCCCGACCACGUCCUGGGGCUCCGGGCUGUCACGGAAGACUAUCUUUGUCGACCCGAGGACAACAUUUACAACAUCGACUUCACACGUUUUAAAAUCCGAGACCUGGAGACGGGGACGGUGCUGUUUGAGAUCGCCAAACCUCCCAACAGCGCUCCUGUGGAAAGUGAAGAGGAAAGCGGAGACGCAGACUCCAGUGCAGGGCGCUUUGUUCGAUACCAGUUCACACCCGCCUUUCUAAAGCUGCGGACAGUUGGUGCCACUGUGGAGUUCACAGUGGGGGACCGGCCCAUCAACAGCUUUCGUAUGAUCGAGAGACAUUACUUCCAGGGGCGGCUUCUCAAGAACUUUGACUUCGACUUUGGCUUUUGCAUCCCCAACAGCCGCAACACAUGUGAACACAUUUACGAGUUUCCUCAGCUUCCAGACGACCUCAUUCGCCAAAUGGUGGACCACCCUUACGAGACCAGAUCAGACAGUUUCUACUUUGUGGACAACAAACUCAUCAUGCACAACAAGGCAGACUAUGCCUACAAUGGAGGCUUGUAAAAUCUGAAGGGGAAAAUGUGUGCAAUACCUCCAAGGGGUUAAUUUUCCUGGAUGAGACCCCUCCUAAAUGUUCACGUUAGAGGAUCAAAGUAUUUUCUUUCUUUUUUUAAAUUGGACGUGACCUUACUUAAAAAAAACAAACAAAAAAAAGCAACAACAACAAACCACAUCUGCCUUCUCAUGAAAACUGGGAUCCAUCGAUAUUGUACCUCACAGAGCUCAGAUCGUGGGGCUCUGAGGGAUUCGUGUGACUUGUUUUCUGAUUAUUUUUGACUGAAACCUUAUCGUCCUGUAUUUCAGUUGACUGUUUGUGUCACGUUACUGCUCCAACACUUUUGCCUUAAGUUUUGUUGCCGUCUCUGCUGGAUAGGGACACAGGCCUCUCCUUUUGAUGCCUAUAGAUUGUGUCAGUCUUGUUUUCAGUUUUCUUAAGUCCUUAGACGUCAUCAGUGUGUUGUAUAAUUGAGCUACCUGACAGCUGACGACUUUGUUUCCAGUAUGGAAAAGAGAGCAUUACCUAGAUGUCUUACAGUAUUGUUAGUAAUAGAUGACUAUGUAGCAGACGUUGAUAUUGUUUGGUGUCCCGUUCUUCCUUUGAUAACAGUUGUUUCUCCGAUAUUUAAAGCUUGAUAUCCCUCUUCUGUGGUUUAUUAGUGAGUUCACCAAACUGUUGUUGGAAUAUCUUUUAGGAAUGGCAUGCACUCUGUUCAGGAUUGUCAUGUUUUUUUUUUUAGUUGAGAUCUGUUAGUUUCACAAGAACAAAGAAAUUGAUUUCCUCUGCAUUUCAAAUCAUCUUAUUUUUGGUCUGUUUUCUUUAGUAGCUUUUUUUUUUUUUCUUCUUUUAUUCCUCGAAGUCUGAUUUGGUUUAUUUGUCAUUGGAACACUGUGAGUUCUGUUCUGGCGCGCCUGUUUAACUGCUUGCAGUCUAUGCUCUGCUGCUUUGCACUCAGGUUUAAAUGAUGACAGUAGCACAUAACGCGACAGCGCAAAGCGAUGUAAUGUGGAUAAGCAAAUUACUCUAUUUUUUUUUUCUUCUCACAGAAACCCCGCUUGAUUUAUCGUACCAAUGAUAUCACAAAUUUUUCUCCCUCCUUUCAUAAUUUUUGUUAGUUCUAUACACCUGCAUAAUGUCAUGCAGCUUUGCACAACCGCCCUGGAACAAGUCCACCUUAGCUCAGGUACAUUCUGCAGGUUGAGUGUUGUUGUUUUUUGUGGUUGUUCAUUCUAACUAACACUACUGUGUCCUGUGUCAUCUCCUUAACCUGGAUAUCCACAAAUCAUUGGGGAAAAAAAGAUAAAUCGGUUCCUACUUGUAAUGUUAUUUUCCAGCGUAAAUAACAUCAGUUGAUGCGAUUCCAUUUGCUUCAUUAAUUCGAUUUUCAUAUUGUACGUAGAAAAACAAAAAUCAGAGUUUUACUGUAAGAGAGGAAGUGAUCCUGAAAACUUCCUGAGCGCUCAGCAUUGUUUCAAGGCUGCUCGAUGAUUUAAGGGGAACAGUCACUUUUCAGCAGACUGUCUGAGCUUCCUCAUGCUGUACACUGUGACAUCAAUACGUGUGCCUUCAAUCAAGGUGUUGAUUUAAUGUAAGAGAAGAAAAGGUGUUUCUUCUGCAUAUGAGACAAACGAUGGAAGGAAAGACCAAAUGCACUCCACAUAUCUAUGUGAUCUCAGUUUUUCAGGAACAAUAUUUAAUCAAACUUGUAAAGUUUACAUAAAGGAGCAGGUCAGACAGCGCAUCGUGUAGCUUAUUAAUAACCUCACAGGUUGGGAUUUCAACUGGCAACCUGUCCAGGAUGUACCUUGCUCAUGGUUAGCUGGGAUUGUUUCUAGCGCCGCUGAGCAGGUGAAAACGGUAUAGGAGAUGAAUUGAUUGAGGUUUGGGAUUUCAUUCAUACGAUUUUUUUAGCAGCUGUGUAGAACUUAAUUUCCCUCUCAAAUGAAGUGUGUGGAUGUCUCUCUCUCUCUCUCUCUCUCUCGUGCUCACUCGCUGCACUCGUGUUGUUGUAGUUGGGAGGACCGUAACCUUGUUUUGUCAUGAAUUGUAAGUCAUUGGUAUUUUGUCUGAAUGCUUUGAAGUUGGUACAUUUAGUACAUUUGUGCAAAAAGACCGUGUGCCUGACGCAAACGUUGACUGAUUCAUCCUGUAUCUGGCUGAGUGGACUCUACUUUUUGUAUCAGCAGAUUGUACAAAUUCAUCAGAUUUGUUGUAAAUAAAACUGAGUACA